UUCCGGAGGAUACAAUUGAUGAAGGUGAAGAGGUUGACGCCGAUUGAAGAGGAAGAAGAAGAGGAGGAACUUAAUGGCCGAUUAAGACAUAGGAGAGGUAACAAAGGUGGGAGUGUUGGUGGUAGAAUGGAGACUACUCCAAGUAGCUCUAAUGUUGGUACUGCUAACAAUGUGGUGCCCCCUCCGCCGUCGUUGCCGCCUCAUGAUGAUAGAGGGAGCAGAACACCGCCACCCCCGCCGCCCGAGGUGAGUAACCAAACUUGGGAUUACUUCUUCAAUACGGAGGAUAUGCCGGGUGGGAGCUUGAGGGAUGAUGAUGAUAUGAGAGGGGAGUAUGAUCGUACUGUGUAUCAUCAACACAGGGCAAUGAUGAGUUCAGCUGCUUCUGCUUCGGUUACUACUACGGUUCCGCCUUCGAUUGAGAUGGUUGAGGAGAUGGUAAUGCCGGUAUCGGAGAAGCCGCCAAUGCCGAUGAUGGGAGGAGGAGGUGGGGGAGGGAGGAUGAUGAAGAAGGGGAAGCAGGUGGUGGGGCAAGGUGGGAGUGGUGGGGGUGGAGAAGGGAGAAGGAAGAAUGUGAAUUUAGUUCAGAUUUUUAGUGAUUUGGAUGAUUGUUUUCUUAAAGCUUCUGAGAGUGCUCAUUUGGUUUCCAAGAUGCUUGAGGCUACUCGGUUGCAUUACCAUUCUAAUUUUGCUGAUAAUAGGGGGCACAUUGAUCACUCAGCAAGAGUCAUGCGAGUUAUCACAUGGAAUAGAUCUUUUAGAGGUCUCCCCAAUGCAGAAGAAUUUAAGGAUGAUUUUGAUUCUGAAGAGAAUGAAACUCAUGCCACUGUGCUGGAUAAGCUGCUUGCUUGGGAGAAAAAGUUAUAUGAUGAAGUGAAGGCAGGUGAAAUCAUGAAGUUUGACUAUCAGAGGAAAGUUGCACUAUUGAACAAACAAAAGAAACGGGGUACCAACCCUGAAUCAUUGGAGAAGACAAAAGCUGCUGUAAGCCAUCUACACACAAGGUACAUUGUGGAUAUGCAGUCUAUGGAUUCAACGGUCUCAGAAAUAAGCCGGCUGCGAGAUGAGCAGUUAUACCCAAAGCUUGUGGCACUUGUUGAUGGGAUGGCCACAAUGUGGGAAGCUAUGCAAGUGCACCAUCAGAAUCAGGUAAAGAUAGCUUCAAACUUAAGAUUGAUUGACAUCUCCCAGUCCACCAAGGAAACAACCGACCAACACUACAAGCAAACCUGUCAGCUUUGGGUUAUAGUUCAGGACUGGCACACAAGUUUUGAAAAAAUGGUGAACCAUCAAAAAGAGUAUAUCAAAGCCCUUAACAGCUGGUUGAAACUUAAUCUUAUUCCUAUUGAAAGCAGCUUGAAAGAGAAGGUUUCAUCUCCCCCAAGACCUCAGAAUCCUCCCAUUCAAGUCCUCCUCCUUGCCUGGCAUGAUCACCUUGAUAAACUCCCCGACGAACAUGCAAAGAGUGCAAUACAUAACUUUGCUGCUCUUUUGGAUACUAUAGUCCAACAGCAGGAAGAAGAAAUGAGAUCAAGGGCAAAGGUGGAAGAAUCAAGAAGGGAUCUGGAAAAAAAACAGCGCCACUAUAAUAAAUGGCUUAGCGAGUAUAUGCAGAAAAAGAUUCCUAACGAUGAUGCUGACCCUGCUUCUGUCGGAGAUGAAUUUGUCCACAAGGAUGAACUUAUGGUGGAGAAGGAAUUUGUGGUUGAGAAUGCUAAGAAGAAACUUGAAGAGGAUACUGAGAUUUACGAACGGCUAUGUACUCAGGUAAGGGAGAAGUCACUGGCAAGCCUUAAGACUAGAUUGCCAGAGUUGUUCCGAACACUAUCAGAAUUUGCGCUUUCUGCUUCAGAUAUGUACAGUAAUCUGAAGAGUCUCACUCACUCUCACUCUUCUCAGAGUCGUAAACAAAAGGAAACCACGAAUGCAUAGAACUGGUAUUUAAUUGGCCGAACUUGGAGCUAGUGUUUAUAUAUUUUGUCAAAAAAAUUAUUUGUUCUUUUCGGAGGAAGGAGAGGGGUGAAAAAAAUGCCCUAUUAAAAUAUACAAGUGUGAAGAUUUGUAGAUUUGUAGUUGCAUUAGCCAGAUUGUAAUUGUGAAGAUACAGAGGUUGAAUUAACGAAGUUACUGUGAUUAUUAUCCUCUGAAAGCAUUUGCUGAAGUAAACUUGAUAGAGGCAUUCAUCGAGACAUCGAUCUUGCACGAGUUAUUGGCUUCUUAGAUCAUUUUAAUUGACUGCUAUCUUCUGAUAUCAAUAUUAAUAUGUACAUUGUCUAGAUUCUUUCUCAUAAACUCUGAACCAGAAAACAAUAUACUCCAAGAAAUUUGACAUCUCGGAGCCACAACAGUAAGUAUCAUAGAGAUUAAAAAAAAAAAAGGUCCCCAGAAUUGUAUUCUACACUUGAUUCAGAAAGAAGAGUUUAGGUAGCCCUGCCGCCCUGGGCUACAGGAAAGUGCUCCUCUUUUUCGUUGUUCCGUCCAGAGAUGUUCCGCCAGUGGUGGCCGGAAUUGCCAUGGACAACGGUUUCUUAUUUCGGGUAUGGUGGCUGUGUGUUGGGUUUUUGUUUUAAAAGUGAGCUGUUCAGUUUAUUUAGGUGAUUUAAAUGAUUUUGCAAGGCAUGGCCAUAUAAGUGUGAACCAGCCUCAUAAUAUGAUUUUGCAAUUAUUGUUAGUGUUGGAUAUGUGUUAAUCCGUGUCUCUGUAUGUUUUUCAAGUAUUGUGUUAUGAAUACAUGUCUGGUACAAGUACUGAAUUGAAGUACAUAUUAACAUAUAUGUUUGUCUUACCUAAAAAAAAUUAAAUAAAAUACUAUUUAAGUGUGUGGAAUAACAUUGUCGCCGAUAUGGAUUAGGUAAUUAAUCGAGUUGGGUUUUUGCAUUUGGAUCAUGUCCAAACCAGCCCAUUACCUAUAUUGGCAUCUAUCGCCAUCCACAUGGAGACCUGCUUCUGGCCACGUGGACAUCCACCGCCCACUUGACAAGACAUUCAUGUGGACCGAAACAUAACAUUUGCUAAGGGAUUUAUAUAAAUAUCCCAACAUAUCUUACUUCUAAAGUCAAUAUUUUUAACCUAAAUGUUUUUAAACUACAUUCUUAUUCAUAUCAUACCCGUAUUGCAGGGGCGGAGCCAAUUAAGGGACAUGUGGGGACACUUGUCCCCCCAUUUUCAAAAAAAAAAAAAGAAAAAAUAUUAAAAAAAAAAACUGAAAGAAACACGCUG